AUGGGGCAAGGCAAGGAGACGAAGACGCGACCAGACCCCAAGGUGGAGAUCCAGGAGAAGGGCGAGAUCUUCUUCUUCUACCGCCCCAAGGUAGACAAGAACGAGGCGCACAGCCUCGACGACGUGCAGCGCAUGUACAUCGUCCUGCGCCCUGAGUCCACCGGCGGCCGCGGCGUCGAAGAGAAGCAGGCGCCGGACUCCGGCAAGGAAGGCCGCAAGCGCCACCAACAAGGCGACGGUGGCCAGGGAAGAAGCGAGGAGAAAGGCGCGGAAGGCGGCCACGGCAAGGAGGAGGUGAACAUCGAGGAGCAGCCGUUGCUCCGACUGGUCGUGAUGGGGAAGAAGAGCCUGCCGGACCCGGCGAAGCACAGCCGCCCGUACUGGGGUUACGUCGAGCUCGUCACCACAAAGGUCCAGGACAUCAAGGACGCGCUCAAGGAAGAUUUCAUAGUCACCCUCGCCGUCCUCCACCUCCACUUCCCCCUCCAGCUGCAGCCCGAGCUCGUCCUCCACGUCGUCCGACGCCGCGAUGAGCAGCAGCUGGCACCCCUCGUAGUUGAGCAGCCCGCUGAACCCGCCGCCGUCGCAGCCGCCGGAGGGCGGGUUGGGGUUCUUCACCUGCACGAGGGUGAGAAUCAGCAGGCCACGGCGAGCUGCUCGGACCUGGUGAAGAUGUUCGGCGAGGUGGCCGACGUGAAGCCGCUGCUGAGCGGGAGCUGGGACUAG